AUGGGUCAUGCAGCAAAAUCUUGGAUUAAUGAGUUCGACUUGUUCAUGAAGCCGGUUGCUAAGAAUCUUUUGGCCGAGAAGGUGGAACAACUGAUGGAAUGGAGUUCAAGACGCUCAGUCAUCCGGAUGAAUGGAGACAAAUUCAGAAGAUUUGUGAAGGCCCCACCUCGCAACUACUCCGUGAUUGUGAUGUUUACGGCUCUCCAGCCGCAGAGGCAGUGUUCUGUUUGCAGGCAAGCUAAUGAAGAAUAUCAGGUGUUAGCAAACUCAUGGCGCUACUCUUCAGCCUUUUCAAACAAACUUUUCUUCACUAUAGUUGAUUAUGAUGAAGGCGCUGACGUUUUUCAGCAGCUCAAUAUGAACUCUGCUCCAACGUUCAUGCAUUUCCCUCCGAAAGGUAAGCCCAAGAGAGCUGACACAUUUGACCUGCAGAGAAUUGGAUUCGCAGCAGAACAGUUAGCUAAGUGGAUAGCUGACAGAACUGAUGUUCAUAUUAGAGUGUUUAGGCCACCAAACUAUUCUGGCACUAUUGCACUGGCCCUUCUGGUGUCCUUGGUUGGUGGUUUGCUCUACUUGCGGCGAAAUAACUUGGAAUUCAUCUACAACAAGACUGGCUGGGCAAUGGCAGCACUGUGCGUUGUUUUUGCUAUGACUUCCGGCCAAAUGUGGAAUCACAUUCGUGGGCCCCCGUAUGCUCAUAAAAAUCCUCAGAAUGGGCAAGUGAGUUACAUACAUGGAAGUAGCCAGGCCCAAUUUGUCGCAGAGUCUCAUAUUAUACUGCUCCUGAAUGCGGCUAUCACCAUGGGAAUGGUUCUUUUGAAUGAAGCUGCUACCUCCAAAGGAGAUGUUGGAAAAAGAAGGAUAAUAUGCCUGGUAGGAUUGGGUCUCGUCGUUUUCUUCUUCAGCUUCCUGCUGUCAAUAUUCCGCUCCAAGUACCAUGGCUAUCCAUACAGGUAA